UCUGUAGGUUAAAUUCCCCAAGCCGGACGAACGCUGGGUUGGUUAAAAUUGGACAAGGGUGGCUUACGGACUGUUGUUUUCAUUCCAUAAUAUUGAAACAGAAAUGGCAUUGAAUGUAAAAGUGAAUCUUCCUGAUCAAAGCUGUAAUGCAAAUUCUGUAAUACACUCUAUGCCCUGUAAGAUACAUCACGACGGGGAAGCAAACAUUACAGGAUUUUUUUCCCCGUACGUUGAAAACAAGGACACAGAUUUUAUUGACAAAGCUGAUACAGUCUUAGAAGCUUCAUUCCGUGGAUAUCCUUUGCAAGGCAAGAAAAUCAAAAUACCUAACAGUUUUAAGGGAAUUGUUGUUAAUGAAAUGAAGAAGCCUUUAACUGACAUGGAACCAAGAAAUCUCAAUAUCAAAAAGACUUUCUGCGAAAUAACCUAUUGGAACUGGGAUUGCUUUCCAAACAAAAAUGAUUCAAUUCACCAGUCUGUGGAUUGGCUGCUAUUAUCAAAAAUGAUCCAUGAAACAGCUUAGUUCUGACUUCCAGCACAAGCUAUCUACCCAGCUUUAUUGUAAUUUUUGAUAUUUUCUGUACAUGCCUUAUUGUGAGUGACACACGAGUAUCCCUUUUCAAAGAUUGGUUAAUGAAAUCAUUAUUCUGCGUGUUGAGCAUGGAAUUGUCUAUAAAAUCUUCAUCCUUUUCAUCAAUUCCAUGUAAAUAGUUCUCAUAUAUGUCUCCUUGUUGAAUUAGUAGGCUACGUGGCUCAAGGAACAAAGAGAAUGCAAUCUUUUCUCUUUCUUCAGAUUUGUAGAAGUUAAGGACUGUGUGGGAACCAAGAUUAAUAGUGGCUAUUGUGGAUGAGUAUAAUGGUCCAUCUAAGUGAGGCUUCACAAACAAUAAAUAAUAGGAAGUUUUCCAAUA